GAUAUUGACGUGGCAUGUGCAACGAAAUUCUCUCCACGUCCGCCAUUUUGACAGCUCGAUAAGCUUUUGUCGCUAAGAGAAUUUAAUUAAACAGCACGUUAGUUGUUUAAAACCACUAUCCAAGGGACCAUAUUAUAUAAAUUUUAUCACGAAAGGUACUACACACAAGUUUCCACAAUGGGAGGUGUGUUUGCAAAGAUGUUUUCCAGUUUGUUUGGGAAAAAAGAGAUGAGAAUAUUGAUGGUCGGGCUUGAUGCUGCGGGUAAAACCACCAUCCUGUACAAACUGAAACUAGGAGAAAUUGUAACCACCAUUCCUACUAUUGGUUUCAACGUAGAGACAGUCGAGUAUAAGAACAUUAGUUUCACAGUUUGGGAUGUGGGCGGUCAGGAUAAAAUCAGACCACUGUGGAGACACUACUUCCAGAACACACAAGGUCUGAUCUUUGUGGUGGACAGCAAUGACCGUGAGCGCGCAAAUGAGGCGAAGGAUGAGUUAUCUAGAAUGUUAAAUGAGGAUGAGCUGAGGGAGGCCACACUGCUAGUGUUCGCUAACAAACAGGAUUUACCAAACGCAAUGAACGCUGCGGAGAUCACAGACAAGCUGGGUCUUCACUCUUUGAGAAACCGUAACUGGUACAUCCAGGCAACGUGCGCUACAAGCGGGGAUGGACUUUACGAGGGACUUGAUUGGCUUUCUGGUCAGUUGAAGAACUCAAUCCCCCAGCCUGCAACCAUGGGUAAUAUGUUUGGAAAGCUGUUUUCCUCACUCUUCGGAAAGAAAGAGAUGAGAAUAUUGAUGGUCGGGCUCGACGCCGCAGGAAAAACCACCAUCCUGUAUAAACUUAAGCUAGGAGAAAUUGUCACCACCAUUCCCACUAUAGGUUUUAAUGUUGAGACAGUCGAGUAUAAGAACAUCAGUUUCACAGUUUGGGAUGUGGGUGGUCAGGAUAAAAUCAGACCUCUGUGGAGACAUUACUUCCAGAACACACAAGGAUUGAUAUUCGUGGUUGACAGCAAUGAUCGAGAGCGUGUUCCUGAGGCCAAGGAAGAGUUGAACAGGAUGUUGGGAGAGGAUGAACUACGGGAAGCCAUCCUCCUCGUCUUCGCUAACAAACAGGACUUACCCAAUGCUAUGAAUGCAGCCGAGAUUACAGAUAAAUUGGGACUUCACGGUUUACGUAACCGACAUUGGUACAUCCAGGCAACGUGCGCUACCAGUGGCGACGGACUUUACGAGGGACUCGAUUGGCUCUCUAAUCAACUCAAGAACUCCAAGUGAUCGUGUGGAUAGACUUCUUAUUUAACUGAUAAAUACCUUAAAGUGGGUCAUUGCAUAUAUUGUGAAUUACAGACAAAUCACCAUUCCGUCGAACAAACUGACAUAAAAACUGUGAAUUUUGUGCACCAUGUGUUUUUGAGAUUGUAACUUGUAUGUCGUACUACCAAAGUUUAUACCUAAAAUAAAGAAGGCCCAGUUUCAUGGACUUGAUGGGCACAAAAUAUGUAUUUAAUGACCAUUUUGUGUAAGAUAAAUUACUACUUAUUAUGAAACUGGGCUUUGACAAGAGCACAAUUAAUCCAGACUUACAUGUGUAUUCUUUGUCUUGCUACAAAAUUUUAAAUAAUUUCUCUUAAAUCUUAUAAAUGAUAUGAGGUGACAGGUCUACUUUAGACAGACACAUGUCUAGGAAAUUGAUAUUCAUAUUCUACAGAAUAAUGUCUCAAGGUGUUCUUUUCUUCUUAAAAAUUCCUCAUACAGCAGUUCACUGAAAUUGUAAUAAUCCAAUAGAAAGUCAACAAUUAGUUUAAAUGUGUUGAAAAUGUAAAGCGAGGAGUGUGUUACUGUAUGUUAAACAGCUGUGGUUGUAUAUGUCUGUUGUUAUAGGUGUUAUAUCUAUUUGUAUUAUUAAAAUGUACGUGGUAAUAUUAUUUUCUUUCUCAUCAAGUUUGAACUUAUGUUUCAUGUUGCGCAAGUGCUUGGAUUGCAUUUACAUAUUUCUGGUCUUGCAUAGAUGUCGUAAUACUAGAACGAAGUCUUAAAUCUGACUUAAGAAAUGAUACAGUUUAAACAGACAAUAUCAUUAACAAUUAUUCUGAAUGGUGAAGCAGUGCUCAAGCUAGGCCUAAAUAGCAGGGUGAAGCACCCUGCUGCCCUUUUGUUUGACAGUCAAUUUUCAGAAAUAAGUAAAAUAAUAAUAAUAAUAAAUAUACAUAAUUUUGACACUAAAGUAAAGAUAAAGCCAAGGUAUACAUAAACUAUUGAAAGUAGUUCUAACACAGCCACAAUAAGAAUUGAACAUUGGCGCUUGCAAGUGCCCCAAAAAGGCUCAUUCAAUAUGCAUUAAAAAGUGCCCUUUCUGACCUGGUACCCUGCCCUUUUCAAGUCCUUGCUGGAGCACUGCAGUGAAGUCAUAUUAACGACUUAACUGAAAGCACAUACGUAGCUUAUUCGCACCUAUAUAUUUAUAACAUUUGACAGUAGGGAAUGGUAACUUUGUUCAUUUUAGGUGUUCAUAUUUAGUAUUAAAAUUGCAAAAAAUCCAUCGUCUCUCUCUACCAUUCAAUCAUCGAACUGUGAUUUUUUUCCCAUAAAUCAUGUUUGUCUUGGGUUAUCGGAGAAUUUUUAGUCUUUGAACUAUUCUGGUUUAUUUAUUGAAAUUUUUAUUGAGUCAUGAAAUAAAAAAUUGGCAUGAAAUAAAAUAUCCGAAAAACAAAUAGAUGACUGUGUUUUUACAUUCUGUAAGUUAUAAUAAAGUUCACUAAAAUUUAAAUGUGUUUUAUGUUCAUGGUCGAGGGUAUAAUCAUUACAAAGAGCAGUCAGUGUGAAGUUCUCCGUUUUUUAUAUCCAUACAUCUUUUUAUAUAACAAAAUUUAAUAAAUGGUAUGGAGCAG